AAAUCAGAGUUUGUGGCAAAGAUUUAAUUUCUUUGACUCUUUUUAAAAUAUCGGUCACAACAUUUCCUUUCUUAUCCCAGGACCACCAUGCCUGGACACGUAAAAAUUGUCAAGGGGCAAGUUGACCCAGAUCCAACAGAGUUUCUGGUUCCUUCUCUGGAGGUCAAGCGAUCAGAUCAGGCUAAGCCAUAUGAUUCCAAAAAGUCUGUUUGGAUUCCGGAUCCAAAGACUGGAGGAUAUCGUGAAGGUGCCAUUGAAUCAGGAGAUCUUGAGGACCCAGCAAGCAAAUGUGUUGUUGCUGUGGGCCAUGAGAAGUUCACCCUGAAAGCUUCUGAAGUUGGAAAGGUGAACCCUCCCAAGUUUGAGAAAUGUGAGGACAUGGUAAAUCUUACUUUCCUCAAUGAUGCCUCUGUUUUCUGGAACCUCAAGACCCGUUACCAGGCUAAGAUGAUCCAUACCUACUCUGGACUUUUUGUUGUCGUUGUUAACCCCUACAAGAGGUAUCCUAUCUACACCCAUAGAGUUGCUAAGAUAUACUUGGGUAAGAGGCGUAAUGAAUGUCCUCCCCAUCUUUGGUCCAUUGCUGAAACUGCAUACCGUGGCAUGCUGUUAAACAGCAAAAAUCAAGCUAUGUUGAUUACUGGAGAAUCUGGAGCUGGAAAAACUGAAAACACCAAGAAGGUUAUCACCUAUCUUGCCAUAGUUGCUAGCAGCACCAAAAAGGGAGCUGAAAAGAAGGUUUCCCUUGAAGACCAGAUUGUUGCGACUAAUCCCAUUCUGGAAUCUUAUGGUAAUGCCAAAACUUCCAGGAAUGACAAUUCCUCUCGUUUUGGUAAAUUUAUCAGAAUUCAUUUCACCGCUUCUGGUAAGCUUGCCGGUUGUGAUAUUGUAUCCUACCUACUAGAGAAAUCCCGUAUCACUGAACAGCAAUCAGUUGAAAGGUCAUACCAUAUCUUCUAUCAGCUUAUUCAACCUUAUGGAGAUGGUAUUGGCUCAGGAUUGAGAGCUAUGUGCCAACUUAGCAGUGAUAUUUAUGAUUACACAUAUGUAUCCCAAGGAAAAACAACUGUUGCUUCUAUUGAUGACAAUGAAGAGUUGGAGUAUACUGAAGAUGCUUUCAACGUUCUUGGUUUUGGAGAAAAGGAAAAGUUUGAGUGCUACAUGCUUACAGCUGCUGUCAUGACUUUUGGUGGUAUUGAGUUCAAAACCAAAGGUCGUGAUGACCAGGCUGAGUGUGAACUCACUGGACCUGAUACAUUCCCAGGAAAAACUGCUGCUCUUCUUGGAGUUGAUGCCAAUGCCAUGAUCAAAGCUUUCUGCAAACCUAGGAUAAAGGUUGGAACUGAAUGGGUAACCAAGGGACAAUCAUGUGUUCAAGGAAUUAAUUCAGUAGGCGGAAUUGCCAGAUCUAUCUUUGAUAGAGUAUUCAAGUGGCUGAUUGAGAAGUGUAAUGACACACUUAUUGACCCAACUCUUAAGAAAAAUAACUUUUGCGCUGUGUUGGACAUUGCAGGAUUUGAGAUCUUUGAGUACAAUGGCUUUGAGCAGAUAUCCAUCAAUUUUGUCAAUGAAAAGCUUCAGCAGUUCUUCAAUCACCACAUGUUUGUUGUAGAACAAGAAGAAUAUGUCAAGGAAGGUAUUGACUGGGAAAUGGUUGAUUUUGGUAUGGAUUUGGCUGCAUGUAUUAUCAUGUUUGAGAAGCCAAUGGGAAUCUGGGCUAUUUUGGAGGAGGAAUCCCUUUUCCCCAAAGCCACUGAUAAAUCUUUUGAAGAAAAGCUAAAAGCAGCUCUUGGUAAAUUGCCUGUGUUCUUGAAGCCUCAGUCAAAAACGGACAAAAAUGCUCAUUUUGCCCUCAGCCAUUAUGCUGGAAUUGUGUCAUACAAUGUCACCAAUUGGCUUGAGAAGAACAAAGAUCCUGUAAAUGACUCAGUUGUUGAAAUAUUCAAGUCUAGUUCUAGUGUUGAGCUUCUUGUUCACUUGUGGAGGGAUCAUGCAGGACAACCUUCUGUAACACCAAAGGACGAUGGCAAGAAGAAGAAGAAGGGAGGUGGUGGAAAGACAGUGUCCUCUGUCUAUCUUGUUUCUUUAGGAGAGUUGAUGGUAACUCUUCAUAGUUGUGAACCUCACUUUGUACGUUGUCUAGUACCCAAUACCCACAAGAAGCCUGGAGAUGUUGAACCUCCUCUUAUUAUGCAUCAGCUGACAUGUAAUGGUGUACUUGAAGGUAUCAGAAUUUGCAUGAGAGGUUUCCCCAAUAGAAUGCUUUACCCUGAUUUUAAGUCAAGAUAUGCAGUUCUUGGUGCUGCAGAGAUCAAUAGCUCUGCUGACAAUAAGACUGCUUCUUAUGCACUGAUGGACAAAGUAGAUUUUCCCAGAGAAAGAUAUCGUCUUGGGCACACCUUAGUUUUCUUCAGAGCUGGUGCUUUGGCAUUCCUGGAGGAGAAACGAGAUGAUAUUGUUAUCAGACUUGUUCGUUACUUGCAGGGACAAGCUCUUCUCAGAAUCAGAAGUGCUUUCUUCAGAGUAAAGAGAGAUCAAAGAGAAUUGAUAAAGGUGUGUCAGAGAAAUUUCAGAAAGUACAUUGCUCUCAGAGAUUGGGGAUGGUUCGUCAUGAUUCAAAAGACCCGUCCCAUGAUUGGCAGAGCUAAUCCCGAGGAAGAACUUCGUCUUCUCGAAUUGAAGGCCAAUGAGAAGUAUGGUGCUUAUGAUCAACAGCUCAAAACCAAAGAAAGUCUGCUCCUUGAGAAUGAAAAUAUCAAGCAGGAAACCAAAGCAUUAUUAAAGCAACUAGAAAAGGAGCAAGGAAACAUGUCUGAAUAUCAUGAAAAACAAGCAAAAAUGAAUUCUCAGAAAGCGGAUUUAGAAGGUCAGUUACUUGUUUCUCAGGAAAUCCUUAUAGUGAAAGAGGAGGAAAGACAAAUGGCUACUGGAGACAAGAAAGUACUGGAGCAAGAAGUCAUAGCAGUAAAGAAAGAUAUUGAAGACAUAGAUAUGGCUAUUCAAAAACUGGAACAGGAGAAGACCAACCGAGACCAUACCAUUAGAAGUCUUAAUGAUGAGGUUGCAAACCAAGAUGAAGUUAUUAAUAAGCUGAACAAAGAAAAGAAACACUUGAAUGAGAAUGCUUCCAAAGCUGGAGAAGACCUUCAAGUUGCAGAGGAAAAGGUUUCUCAUCUGAAUCAAAUAAAAAAUAAGCUUGAACAAACUCUUGAUGAACUUGAAGGUUCACUUGAAAAGGAAAAGCGUGCUAGAACUAAUGUUGAAAAGGAGCGCAGAAAGAUAGAGGGAGACCUGAAAAUCACUCAGGAGAUAGUUGCAGAUCUUGAAAGAGCUAAGAAAGAGUUUGAAGCAGCUAUCAUGAAAAAAGAAAAGGAUUCAAGUGGAUUGUUUUCUAAAUUAGAAGAUGAACAGGGUCUUGUUGCUAGAGUUCAGAAGAGCAUUAAAGAGUUCCAGGCCAGAGUUGAGGAAAUGGAAGAAGAACUUGAAGCUGAGCGUCAGGCUAGAGCUAAAGCUGAACGCCAAAGAUCUGAUCUUGCCAGGGAGCUAGAAAAUCUUGGGGAAAGGUUGGCAGAGGCUGGAGGAGCAACAUCAGCUCAGGUUGAGCUUAAUAAGAAAAGAGAAGCAGAGGUUACCAAGCUCAGACGUGAUUUAGAAGAAGCUCAUAUCUAUCAAGAAUCAACUUUAGUUUCUCUUAAGAAGAAGCAUCAAGAUGCUAUUGCUGAAAUGACAGAACAAAUUGACCAGCUAUCUAAAAUGAAGGGAAAGAUUGAAAAGGAUAAGCAGCACAUUAUGCAUGAGAUUGCAGAUGUGAGGUCUGCUACAGAUGAGGUCAACAGAUCUCAUGCUUCUGCUGAAAAAUCUCACAGAACUUUGUGCAGUCAAUUGAAUGAAUUCAGCAAGAAGAUUGAAGAGGCUAAUCUUACUCUUGGUGAUUUUGAGGGUGCAAAGCGAAAAAUGGCUGCUGAAAAUGCAGAUCUUCUUCGUCAGCUUCAGGUUUUUGAGAAUUCUGCCAGUAUGCUUGUGAAGGUAAAAUCUGCACUUGCUUCUCAGUUGGAUGAACAGCGUAGAAUUGCUGAUGAUGAGGCAAAAGAACGCCAAUCUCUUCUGGGAAAAUUCAAGAAUGCUGAACAUGAUGUUGAUGGAAUGAGGGAACAUUACGAUGAGGAAGUUUCUGCUAAAGAAAAUUUGAUGAGACAACUCAACAAAGCUGAGGGUGAAUCAGAUAUGUGGAAAGCUAAGUAUGAAACUGAUGCUGUUGGAAAAGCUGAGGAACUGGAAAUGUCCAAGCUGAAAAUGCAAGGUAGAUUGUCAGAAGCAGAAUCCACCAUUAACCAACUGGGUUCCAAACUUGGACAGCUUGAAAAGAAUAAGCAGAAACUUCAAUCAGAGCUUGACAACAUGUCUGUUCAAUUGGAUCAAGCUCAAAUCCUCAACUCUUCAAUGGAGAAAAAAGCAAAGCAAUUUGAUAGGAUUGUAGCUGAAUGGAAGCUUAAGGUUGACAGUUUAAGCAUGGAUCUUGAUAACAGUCAGAAGGAGACAAGAAACUCCUCUUCUGAUUUGUUCAGAGUCAAGUCUGCAUAUGAGGAAGCUGUCCUUCAAUUGGAUGAGGUAAGAAGGGAAAACAAGACCCUGUCAAAUGAGAUCAAGGAUAUCAUGGACCAGAUUAGCGAGGGAGGGCGAUCAAUCCAUGACAUUGACAAAAUUAGGAAGCGCCUUGAGGCUGAAAAACUUGAGCUUGAAGCUGCUCUGUCUGAAGCUGAGGGAGCCCUUGAACAGGAAGAGAAUAAGGUUCUCCGAGCCCAACUUGAGCUUACUCAGGUGAGACAGGAAAUUGAAAGAAGAAUGGCUGAGAAAGAAGAGGAAUUUGAAUCAACAAGGAAAAACAUGGGCAAGGCUCUAGAAGGUAUGCAGUCUGCCAUUGAAACAGAAUCCAAAGGAAAAGCCGAAGCCCUCCGUAUGAAGAAAAAGUUAGAAACAGAUGUUCUAGAUCUAGAUACUUCUCUGGAGCAUGCUAAUGCAGCAAAUGCUGAGACUCAAAAAAUCAUCAAGAAAUAUCAACUGAGUCUUAGAGAAACCCAAGGAAGAUUUGAGGAUGCUUGCAGAGCAAAAGAGGUUGCUCAUGACAACUUGAUUGCUGCUGACAGAAAGGCUCAUGCCAAUCAAAAUGCUCUUGAAGAAGCUCGUACUCUGCUUGAGCAAGCAGACAGAUCAAGAAGAAUGGUAGAGCAGGAACUUUGUGAUACCAAUGAAACUCUUGGAGAUCAAACUUGUGUCAACCAGGCAAUUCAAGGUGGAAAAAUGAAGCUUGAUGCUGAAAUGCAGACUCUUAUGUCCGACCUGGAUGAGAUGGCAUCUGAGGCUGCUAUGUCAGAAGAGAAGGCUCAAAGAGCUAUGAUUGAUGCUGCUCGUCUUGCUGAUGAGCUAAGAGCAGAACAAGAAGUUGCCCAAUUUCUUGAAAGAGAUCGCAAGCUACUUGAAUGCCAGGUCAAAGAUAUGAGUGCUAGACUAGAUGAUGCUGAGCAAAAUGCUCUUAAGGGUGGCAAGAAAGCCAUGGGGAAAAUGGAUACCCGCAUCCGGGAGCUGGAAUCCGAAUUGGAUGCUGAAAACAGGCGUUUGUCUGAUGCCCAGAAGGGAAUGAGAAAGUCUGAGCGUAAGAUCCAGGAACUGACCUAUCAGCAGGAUGAGGACAGGAAGAACCAUGAGCGUAUGCAGGGACUCAUUGAUCAACUCCAGGGUAAAAUCAGAACCUACAAGAAGCAAAUUGAAGAGGCAGAGGAGAUAGCAGCUCUGAACCUGGCUAAGUACAGACAAACUCAGGGUUCUCUUGCUUCCUCUCAGGAGUCAGCAGACUUAACUGAACAAGCUUUGGCAAAACUUAAAUCUCGUGGACGUAGCUCUUCAAUUGCACCAAUGUGAAGAGUGGAGAGGACUGAACAUGGACAAUUCAAGUUCUGUAUGGAACUUAAAUCAGCUUAAUGGAACCUAAAUUAUUUCUGUAAAACAUUUGCAUAAUGCUCACAUAAUUACAUAUUGUGCUUUAAGUAUUAGCACCUCUUUGUUUUAAUAAAGUUUUAAGCACAA